AAUCUAUCAUAAUAAUUAUAGCAAAAUAAUAUUUAGUAUAAUUCAUAGGAAAGACAUACAUAAAUAUAUAAAUAGAGUGAGUAACUAAGUACUUAGAUACAAAGAUAGAUAAUUAUUUUGAACAUAGAAUAGCUUUUAUUUAAAUAGAAAUAAUACCAGGACUAUUACAUGGAAAAGGACCCUCUUGUACAGGCAGAAAUAAUUAGCAUAUUAAGCAAGAAAAUUGAAGAAAGAACUGAUACUGAGUGGCAAUUGCUAUAUAAUUAUACAUCAAGCAUUUCCUUUUUUUAAAAAUAUGUCAUCUCAGGUUAUAAAAAUAUCCCUUAGGAAUGCUGCAAAGUUCUUUAACCCCUUGAAAUGAAGAAAGGAGACAUCGUUUUUUAUAUUAAUACUGAAGGCAACAAGUUUUACAUCAUAAUUUAGGGAGAGGUAGGACUCUUUACUAAAAAAGUAGAAGAAGGUCCAGGCAACAAAUUUGACAAUUUAGUGCAAGUCAAAAAUUUAGAAGAUGGCGAUUACUUUGGUGAGCUAGGCUUGCUCAAUUUUAAGACUAGGUCAGCUACUGUUUAGUGCUUGACAGACUGCUUUUUCGCUGUGAUUGAUAAAGCGAGCUUCGACAAGAUAUUAAAAAAGCUAGAAUAAGAUAUUUUAUAGGAAAGAAUUGAUGCGUUUGGUAAUGAAAAUCCCCUCUUAAAAUUUAGCUCGAAGCACACAAUAAAGCAGCUCUACUUCAAUGCCAUUUUCAAAAAGUAUGCUCCAAAUGAGUUUGUAAUAAUCAGUGGUGACUCUCUAGAGGCAAUAUUCAUCAUAAAAUCUGGGUAGUAUAAGCUGGUGAAAGAAUACAACAGAAAGACGAUAUUAAACGAGGAUUAAGAAAUAGACGAAGAACAUGAAGAGAAAGAAUACUAAGUUUUGAAUUAAGAUAAGUACUUUUUGCAGCUUUAGAAACAGAAGAAAAAACUUAUCUCAAUUUUAGAUUUGGGAAAGGGACAGAUAUUUGGAUAUGAAGACUUUCUAUAAAAAAACAGCGUUUAUAGCUACGGAAUUGUGUGUAAAGAAGCAGGUGAAGUGAUUAUGAUCAGGGCAAAUGAUUUUAGAAAAAGGCUAAUGUCAGACAAGUUAACUAUGAUUUACCUCAGGCAAUAGAUGAAUCUAUAAAUAAAUUACAUAUAACAUAGAGAAGCUACGAUUGUUCGCAGUAUGGAAGGUUUUACACAAUAUUAUUUUGAAUAGGAUUCUUAACAGGAUAAAGCUGAGCUUAUCACAAAAAUGUGCGUUAAUUCAUCUGGAAUCAAGCUUGAUAUUCCUAAAACAAUUGUUGAAAAAGCUAAGGCUUAGGAAAAAGAAGACAAACAAUUUAAGUACAAUAAAGUUCACUCUAAGCUUUCUCAUUUCAAAGAUGAAUUGAGCUAGGACUUUAAGAGCAAAAUUGUAAAAAAUUAUCACGAAAAAUUUGGAAAUACUGAAAUGUCUAAGCUUAAAGUUCAUGUUCCUCAGGAAAUAGUCUAAGAAGUUAAUUAUAAGUUGAAUAAACAGAAAAAACUAAAUGUAGAAAAAUCACCUCCUUAGUUAAGCAACUCUGUUUUAGACUAUGUCAAAUUUAAGACAGGAAAUAUUGGUUAACUCAUUUAAAAUAAGAGCUAGUCUUCAUUAAUUUCUUCUACUAAAGAAUUUAGCACUCCAAUUUAAAUUUAAUCUGCAACAAUUGAAUUCAAAAAUUAAUCACUUUAAAAUUCUCCAACUUUAGGAUAUUUACAAUCUCCUAUGUUAUCUGCGAAGAGUCACCAUCAAGAUUACAUCUCUGAAUCACCAAUUAAAACUACUUAAUCAUCUAAGCGAUUCCUUUUUGUAAGUUAAAAGGCACUGCACUCAAAUAUCUCUCUACCCUAGUCAAUUGAGGAAAUAGAUGAGUUAUAAAAUAAAACUUAGUCUAAGAUAGAAAAUUAUUCUUAGUUUAAUUUGAAUUCACAAUAAGAUAAAAGAGUUAGACAUCAAUCAGAACUUAUUUAAAUUUAGAAUUACGAAAUCAAUAGCAACGACUUAAAAGAAAAUAGACCUUAAUUCUAUUAAGAUUUAUAAACAGGGAACUAAUAAGUCUGGGGAGAUAAUUAUAAUUUCAACAAAAAGACUCAUUCGUUUCACAGCGAAAGCAACAGACAAGUAAAUAAUAUAGAUGAAAAAAAUAUAUUUGGAGAAGAAGAUUAGUCAAGUAAAAAUGAAUUGAAAUAACCCUAAAAUAAAUAAUAAAAACUUUAAAUCUUUGAAUCAAUUCAUCUAAAAAAGAAGAAAAAUCUUAAGAAUACAAACUCAAUGCAUGAAGCUUAAAAAAUAGAAUCCAUCUAAGAAAAUAAUUUUGAUUUAGAAGAUUUAAAUAACAACAACAACAAAUAACUUUAAAUUAAGAUAACUUAAGAUUCAAACUUUAAUUCAAAUAAAAACACUCAUUAGUAAGUAAGCGAUUCACCUAAUCUUUCAAGCAUAUAGUGGAGCAUUCAAUAAGCUCAAAUUGCAUAAACUCCAAUAAGUUUAUCAUAAAACAACAGCUAGAUUUAAAUCGAAUAGAUCGCAAACAAUAAUAUUGAGAAAAUAUCUUAAUAAAAUAAAUAUAAUAAUAUCAUUAAUAAUAUUUAAAGAAAUAAUACUCUCAGUCCUAAUUUUUCUUACUCUCCAAGCAAUAACAAUAAUAAUAUUACCAAUAAAAUUUAAUAACUCUAACACUCUAAUAGUAAUGAUUCUAAUUAAUCACACAAAUCUAAAGGUAACUCUAAUUACUGCUCUUUGUUUAAGCCUUAUCAACAAAAUCAAGCAAGAUACAUUUCUUCUACAUUUUCCCAAGUUGAUAUUUCUAACAUUGAAUCGAAUAAAAAUUCUCUCAAAGAUAAAUAUUUGGAAAAAGAAGUUAAAUAUAUGAUAUCCUCUGGGGUUAAGAAAAAUCAUAUUUAGAAACCAAAAUACUUGCAAACAACUUCUGCUUCAUCGUUAGGUUUAAGCAGAUAGGGAAAUCAACUAGACUAAUAAGAGAAGGACAACGAAAUGUCUAACAAUUCUGUUUUAAGCCCACUAAAUUCCCAAAAUCAUUACUAAAUUUCGAUGCAAAAUUUCGUUGAAAGCAAUAUUUACAAUUAAAGUAACUCAAACCUGUCAUAAAAUCAAAUCAAUAAUAAAACUGAAAAUUUUCAUCUAUUCACCAACGAAAAUCUCCAAGAUGUCAACAAUUAAAAGACUGAUGAUAUUAAAAAACAUCUCAUUUCUAAUAUGUAAAGCAAAAGCUUGGUAUAUGGUAAUGGUAUUAGCAAUAGCUAUUUUAACAGCUUAAAGAGAGACUCAACAAAUUCAAUACCUAUUUAUGAAAUAUAAGAAUAUCCUUUUUAAGAGCAAUCCAAAAACAAUGAUAAAUUAAAUAAACAAAGCAGCAAAAACAAUAUUUCACUUAUAAGCUAACGCAUUCACUCACAACAAAAUUUAAAGAGAAUGCAAACUUUUUCUCCAUCCAAAAAACAAGAAACAUUGAUCUUUAAUUCUCGAACUUCAUUUGGAGAUAUAGUAAAUGCAAAUCUAAUAUCUGAAGAAGCAAAGAAAAAUCCUUCUCAAAUUAUUAUUGAUAUGCUCUCAUAGGUAGAAAAUAUUAAUUCUUGUAAGCCAAAGUAAGAUAACAAAAUAUUUUACAGAAGUUCAGGAGGAAAAAAGCUUUCUCUGUCAAAGUCAAAACCUGUAUAUAAAUUCGAAUAAAUGGAAUCCGAAGAAAAUAUCAAAAAACUAAGUAAGAAAAACCAAUAAAUGUAAGGCAAUACCGAGUUUACUAUCCCAUAAUUUAAAUCUAAAAGCCAUCUGAAAUUUGAUAGAGCUUUAUCUCAAAUUUUAUCACCUAAAGGUAUUCAACCUGCAUUUAAACUUAAUAACAGCUCAUAGCAAAUAUUCCGCUCUCCUUCUAUGCAGUUGAAGAAAAACGAAGUUUCUCACUUAAAUAACUCAAUAAAUCAAACUAUUUCAACAUCUAAACUGAAUAGCCCUUUAAAAAAUAUUAAUAAUCACAAUCCCUCAUCUGAAUUCAUUAAAACAAAAAGGCCAUUAUCAUCAAUAAAUAACAAAAGCAACAAUUUAUCUUAGAAUUAACAUUUUAAUAGCUAAGUCAAGCUAAGACCUAGCUCUGCUAAACCUAUUGAUUUCUUUUAAAAAAUCCUUAAUAAAAAAUUUGAAUGA